AUGGAAGAGGUCCACGAGGUGUCGAGGGGCCGCGACAGCGACAGCCCCCCGACCAGGAGGCUUCGUGUGAAGACGCCUCCCAAGUCCUUCAGAAAGGAAAAGGCUACAGCUGUGAAGAGUGCAGCCAGACCUGCUGCGCCUGCCAGCUCGGCAGAAGCUUCAGUUACAGCAACAGCUUCAGACUGGAGCCCGACGCACCAGGCGAAUGCAGUCAAGCUGCUGUUCUCAUGGCCCAGACGUAUGUGGGACGCCUUUGUGCAGUUUCGUCGCAGUGUGAAAGAUGCUGCAGGACGGGACCAGGCUCACUUUGAGGCUGCGGGUGCUGUCGUGAGAGCAAACAAGCGCCAGAGAACUCAGUGGAGUUCGGAUGGUGCUUGCGAGACAACGCUUGCAGGCUCGCAAGCAGAGCAGGACGAGGAGGAGCGUGAGACGAUCUUGCGAGGCAUGCUUGGCGUUAUGUCCGAGUUUACAAUGAGCACAAGCUUCAGCGGCAUAGAUGCCCCAGCAACAGCCUUCCUGUCGCUGGGCUUGGGUUUGUGCCAAAGUUUGGAUUUGAGUGUGGAUCACCUGCCACGCCCGCGGAGCACCUUUGCAGUCGAGUGGCAGCCUUCUUGCCAGCAAGAGCUCUUACGCCACCCUCACGCCGCAGAGCACGUGUUCGGAGACAUCAGCGAUUUCUUCAGGCCCACCCUCCGGGCCAAGCUUGACAGCAUUGUGGCCGAAGGGAAGAUCGACUCAGUCCUGUGGCCAUUGAUCAAGUCUGGCAAUGCUAUGAAGCAGGAAGCUUUCUGCGUGAAGCACCAGAAGAUGUGUCAGGUCGACACGGCUCGAUGCCACUGCGGGGGAACUCCGUGCACGGAUUUUUCGAGCAGAGGGCUGCAGCUCAGAAGCGAGGGGAAAACAUUCGUUCACUUCUUGGCCUUCUGCGGCAUGAGAAUUUGUCUUCAAGAGCCAGUUGUGAUACAAGAAAAUGUAGAGAACUUCGAGACGGAGCUGCUUGAGCGCUACCUCGGGCAGUUGUAUCACAUCUCAGUAGAAUGUUUGUCGCCCGACCAGUACGGCUUCCCGAUCCUAAGGCCAAGGAAAUGGUCGAUUUUGCGGCACAAGUACAAAACAUCCUGCUGGGCAUCGCCGUGGUCAGCCUUUGCGAAGAUGUUUCAGAGCGACAUGUGGUUCGGAGCCUAUGCAAGAUACAUUUCUGAUCAGGUUCCUGCUUGGGUUGUGUAUUUUGAUGCAAGUGCAGAAGAGUUGUUCGAGGAACUGUGCUGGGCAUGCAGCCGUCCUGAAAGCUUGUCGAAAGAUGCAGGGUGCCCUUUCGCUUCAGCAGUCGAGCUGAAGGAGGCUAUGCUCAAGAACCCAGCAGCUGUUCGUUCCGCCUUCCUUGCAGCUUUGACAGCAGCUGAGAGCUGUCAGUGCAAGUGCAUUGCGUGCAUGGCAACAUCAUUGAAGAAGCCUGAGACGGGAGGGCUGGAAGCAGCCAAUGAUGCGAUUUGGGGAAAGCGGAGUCUCAGCGAACGCUUCGGCAACGCCUCGGGCAAGGAACUCCAAAGCAAGAUUUUUGAAAUGUACGAGGCGGGUGACGCAUACCGUGCUUCAGUUGUUUCCUUGAAGUCUCAAGUGACCAAGGGCGGUGAAGGCAUUCCUGCAACCAGCGGAAGCAACAAUCAAUUCGACGUUCUUAUGUUCGUGCCAUCCUUGAAUACGGAGUGGCAGAAGGAUGCCGCGGUGAGUGCUGGUUGGUGGAGCCAGCCCAACCGGGACAGCCGUAUCAGGUCGGAAGCGUUUUACGAGGCAGAUGAAAAGCAUGGCGAGAAUGCGCAGGUCGUUGCUACCCGCAAGAGCGGGUACUUGAAGGAUCUUAACAAUCAGUUCCACCAUGGUGGCUCCAUCAGUUUUGUGGAAUUGGUGAGCGGUGUCACAGAAGUAGAUGAGGCUUUUCGCGCCUACGCCGAAAGGGCUCGGAUAACGUCGAGAAACUCCAAUUAUCACGAGCAGCACAGCUUGUGGCUGCAGCAGUCAGAAUUUAAAGAGACAUGGUGA